AUAGAGUGACGUAUGACUCAUAUGAAUGACUGAUUGAGUGUUUUAAUCAAUGCUUUAAAUGAUUGAAAUUAUUAUUAGUAUUAGUAUUGAGUGAAUCAACAAAUAGUUAUGAUAUUAGUAUUAAUUAAAUAGUUGUCACCAAUGGCUGACCCGUCGGUGGCCAUGGAUUUGGUCGAUAGUGAUGUCAAUACUUUAAAGACAGAGAUCUCUCGAUUGAACCGAGAGUUGGCACAAACCAGUGCUGAGAAGAUACAGUCAGCACAGUAUGGACUCGUUCUUCUGGAUGAAAAGGAAGACUUACAGAGACGUUAUGACGAACUCGAGUUGAACUACGAAACCAUAAAAAAGGAUUUGGAAGAACUCAGAGAUGCAUUUACAAAAUCACAAACAAUCCAUAAAGUGUCGGCCAAUACUGGCAUUGAACGCGAGGAAAAACUUCUUGAAGAGACCGCUCAUAAAGAGGCCAACUUUGCAACGGCUCUUCACGAUCUCGAGAGAGAACUUAAACAAGUAAGACAUGAAUUGGAAAGAGUUCAGUCAGAAAAAGAAAGAUAUUGUUUGGAUUACAAUGAGAUGACCAAACAGACAGAACUUAUGGAAUGGGAGCGCAAAAACUUGAGGACUGAGUUAAAAGAACUUAAGUUUAGAGAGUCUAGACUUUUAGCUGAUAAUAAUGAACUCGAAGAAGAAAACAUAUCUCUUCAGAAACAGAUAUCAUCUCUUAAAUCGUCACAAAUAGAUUUUGAGACAUCAAAGCAUGAAGUUAGGCGUCUUCAAGAAGAAAUGGAAGCACUUCAGGCACAACUUGAAGAAUAUGAACAUCUGAAGAAAAUUGCAGAAAAACAGAUGGAAGAAGCAUUGGAAGCGUUACAGUCAGAGAGAGAGCAGAAGUACGCCGUGAAGAAAGAGUUAGAUAAACGAUUGAAUUCCGAUUCGAUUCACAAUUUGACAAACUUUGCCGGUUUUGCGGGCCUUAAGUUUGGAAAUGAAUUGGUAGGAGAUGGUAGUGAACCGUAUGAUGAGACAAACUCGACCCUUGAAAAAUUAGAGGCGGAUCUAAUGAGGUCACCCGUUAACAGUGAGUUAAGUCCAUCUAAUACUCAGCCAUCAUCACUUGAAGGCUCACUUUUCGGUGAAGUCCACUUAAAUGAGAUCAAGAAAUUAGAAAGACUUCUGGAAGAAACAGAAAACCAAAAAAUACAACUCAACCAAAGGUUAUCUGAAUCUCAAUUAUUAUUAGAGAAAUCACAAACUGAGUUCAAUAAUCAAAAUAAACGAUUAUUGAAACUUUUCGAAGAUAUCAAUAACUUGGUCUCAGACUAUGACAACAUAGGAUUUGAUGAUACGGUUGAUACUAAUUGCGAAUUUCCAGAGUUGUCGAGAUUGAAGUGCAUUCUUAACAAAUUAUUGAAUGAUUCAAAUGUGAGUCAUUUAAGAGAUGAAGUAAAGAAAUUACAAAAUAAAUUGAAUUCAUAUGAAGUGAAAUCUAGUUAUUUAGAGGACGACUUAAAAACGAUGUCUACUAUUGUUGAGGACAUGUUUGCAAAUUUGAGUCUUACUCACGACGACUUGAUUACUGUAUCUGAAGAUUUGGCCGCACUUUAUCAUCACAUCUGUUUAGUAAACGGUGAAUCUCCAAACCGAGUGAUGUUAGAUCAUGCAAAGCCUGACACUGAUUCAAUGUUAACUGCCAUUAAGUUGGAACAACUAAAAGAUAAACUUCAUUAUCCAAAUGAAUCCUUAAAAACAAUUAAAUCUUUAGAUUCAAAUUUGAUGGACACAAUUCGUGAUCAGUUAAAGCAUUUAAAAGCAGCAAUAGAGACAUCAAUAGAACAGCGCUCUUCUAGAGUAAAGUCAAUACCCACUGAGUCAACUGACAUAUCGGUGAUACCAUCGAGUUGUGAAAUGGAUGAUCUUCAGGAUCAAGUAUUAAAAUUUAAGUCAUUAUUAUCUACUAAAAGGGAACAAAUUGCUACAUUGAGAACAGUUUUGAAAGCAAAUAAACAGACAGCAGAGGUAGCACUCGCUAACCUUAAAUCAAAAUAUGAGACCGAAAAGGCUGUGGUCACCGAAACUAUGACUAAAUUACGUAAUGAAUUAAAGGCUUUGAAGGAAGACGCGGCUACUUUUGCUUCACUACGAUCUAUGUUUGCCGCCCGUUGUGAAGAUUAUGUCUCACAAAUCGAUGAACUUCAACGACAAUAUAAGUCAUCUGAAGACGAAAAGAAAACUCUUAAUUCUUUGCUUAGGAUUGCAAUUCAACAGAAGUUAGGAUUAACUCAAAAGCUUGAAGAACUUGAAAUGGAUAGGGAAAGGGUGUCUCUCGGCAGACCUUCUACUACUGGAUCACGUCUUGAACGCUGUUCUAAUGGUAGUAAUAGUACUAAUUGGAGACCACCUAAUCGUAUUAACAGAACGCCUCCUAAUAGGGGAAGUUUAAGGGGAAGCACUAAACGAGGGGUUUAAUACAAUAGAAAAUAUUGCAAUUAUUUUAUUUACAACAUUAAAAUAUCAUGUUUUAUUAGAUUUUUACAACAAAACUUUUUAUUUAUAUAUUUAUUUAUUUAUUUAGAUUUUUCAAAUGAUUCUUUUAUUUGCAUAUUUUUAUAUUUAUGGAUUACAAAAUUGAACUAAAGCUUA